CUCUGCCACCGCCCUGCCCGGCGUUCCCUGCCCCCGUAGCUCCCCCAGCGGCCCGGUGGCACCUGGGAGGUGUCCGAAGCGGCUUGGAUUCCGCAUUCACCCCGUGCCGAGUGCCCGGCUCGCUGGGGUCCGGGCGGAAGACAGCUGCCCCCGUGCGUAGAAACAGGCGCCGCACCAGCCCGGUUAGGCAUGCUUCUGUCCGCACAGCAAGCCUGCAGGGUAGGUGCUCGCUCGCUCUGUCGUACGAAAGGAAAACCCGAGGCCUAGAGAAGUUAACUUGCCCAGGAUCGCACCGCUAGGGAGGGCGUGCAAAGACAAGGUCGCUCUGUGUUCAGGAGCACGCUGCAUGGGGCGCAGCGGGCAGGGGCACGGGCAGGAAUAGUGCAGAACAGGUGAGUGUUCCCUGCACUGAGGUAGACAUGCUUGCGAGGCGGGGGAAGCAGAGGGCACGGGCUGCCCUUGCCGUCCGCACCCCUCCCGCCUGAGCCUCUGUGAUUUGAGCUGGGCUCGCAGGGAAGGCUAGGAUUUCAGGCGGGGAGGACGGCUCCCGGCUCAGGGAGAGGCGGCAGUGCUCGCCUGUUCAAGGAACGGAGAGGUGUCCUUGCACCUGAAAAAGAGGGCUUUGGUCGGGAGGCUGCAGGAGAGAGGGGGCUGAGGGAGUGUUGGAAGGGGGUCCAACGCCUGGACUUCCACCACAUGGGCGAGGAGCUGUUGAAGAAUCUGGGGCUCUCUUACCAUCAGCUCCUCUCAAGCACAGAGGUUUCGGCUUCCCUGGCAGGAGUCGGGACAGCCCCGUAUUGUCCAGCCACCGUUUAAUAAGGAGCUGGGCUUGAGCAGAAAGAGUCGCCACCUCCCACCAGGUAGUGUGAAAGCCUUACCCAGGGCCAGGUUAAAGUGGUAAGAAAACGGGAAGGGUGGGGGGAGGCCUCAUUGUUUACAAAGUAGGAGUUUACUCAGGCCCUUUCUGCAAUGCAAAGAUGGUCAUGAUGGCCGACAGGUGCACUUGGAGGCUGGAUUUCUCCCUGGACAAUGGCAGCUACCAUUCAGGCAAUGGAGAGGAAGAUCGAAUCGCAGGCUGCCCGCUUGCUCUCCCUAGAAGGUCGAACAGGGAUGGCUGAGAAGAAGCUGGCCGACUGUGAGAAGACGACCUUGGAGUUCGGGAACCAGCUGGAGGGCAAGUGGGCGGUGCUGGGGACCCUGCUGCAGGAGUACGGGCUGCUGCAGAGGCGGCUGGAGAACAUGGAGAACCUGCUGAGGAACAGGAACUUCUGGGUCCUGCGGCUGCCCCCGGGCAGCAAGGGAGAGGCCCCCAAGGAGUGGGGCAAGCUGGACGAAUGGCAAAAGGAGCUGUACAAGCACGUGAGGAGGGGCAACUACGAGACACUGGUCUCCCUGGACUACGCCAUCUCCAAGCCCGAGGUCCUCUCCCAGACUGAGCCAGGGAAGGAGCCGUGUGGCUGGCGCCGCACAGCCCCCAAGGUUCCAGAUGUUCCUGUGGACCCGAGUCCAGGCUCGGGAGCCCCAGUUCCUGCCCCUGACCUCUUAAUGCAGAUCAAGCAGGAGGGCGAGCUCCAGCUCCAGGAGCAGCAGGCUCUGGGGGUAGAAGCGUGGGCAGCUGGACAGCCAGAUAUCGGGGAGGAGCCAUGGGGCCUCAGCCAGCUGGAUUCCGGAGCAGGAGAUGUCUCUACAGAUGCUGCUUCUGGCGUCCACUCCAACUUCUCAACCACUAUCCCACCUACUUCCUGGCAGGCAGAUCUCCCUCCCCACCACCCCUCCUCCGCAUGUUCAGACGGGACCCUGAAGCUCAACACGGCGGCCUCCACAGAAGCAGAUGUAAAAAUUGUGAUAAAAACUGAAGUCCAGGAAGAGGAGGUGGUGGCCACACCAGUGCACCCUACUGACCUAGAGGCCCACGGGACCCUAUUUGGACCAGGCCAAGCCACAAGGUUUUUCCCUAGUCCUGUCCAGGAAGGCGCCUGGGAGAGCCAGGGCAGCUCCUUCCCCAGCCAGGACCCUGUGCUCGGGCUCAGAGAGCCCGCCCGGCCUGAACGGGACCUGGGAGACCCCAGCCCCGCGGUGGCCCAGGACGAGACCCCACCAGGGGACUGGCUCCUUGGGGGAGUCCGGUGGGGCUGGAAUUUCAGGUGUAAACCUCCUGUGGGUCUGAACCCGAGGACUGGGCCUGAGGGGCUGCCCUACUCCUCCCCUGACAACGGGGAGGCUGUGCUGGACCCAGGCCAGGCCCCGAGAUCCUUCAGUGACCCCUGUAAAUACCCUGGCCGGACCAAAGGCUUUGGCCACAAGCCUGGCCUGAAGAAGCACCCUGCCGCGUCUCCCGGGGGACGGCCCUUCACCUGCGCCACGUGUGGGAAGAGCUUCCAGCUGCAGGUGAGCCUGAGCGCCCACCAGCGCAGCUGCGGGCAGCUGCCCGAUGGGGCGGCCGGGGCGGCAGGGGCUGCACGCGAUGGAAGCGCCCUGCGGUGCGGGGAGUGCGGGCGCUGCUUCACGCGGCCAGCCCACCUGAUCCGGCACCGCAUGCUGCACACGGGUGAGCGGCCCUUCCCCUGCACGGAGUGCGAGAAGCGCUUCACUGAGCGCUCCAAGCUCAUCGACCACUACCGAACCCACACGGGUGUGCGGCCCUUCACCUGCACCGUCUGCGGCAAGAGCUUCAUCCGCAAGGACCACCUCCAUGUCCUCGGGGUGGCGGCCAGCGCAGAGGCAGGAGUGGAGACUGGGAGACCAAACCCCCAAGUUGCUGAACUGAUCACUGGAAGAAGAGAAACUGUCAAACAAAUACAGCUUCCACCUCUGAACAAAGUAGAACUCUCUGUGAAACAGCACCAUAGAAUUUUAAGUAACUUAAUUACAAAACUCUUUUGUAAUUCUUGAAGAAGCUGAAAAAUAGUCGUAGUACCAGUUUAAACUUUCUAGCAUAUUUUUGGUUUCCGGAGCGUGUUUAUGUGGGCUAUGUCCUUACCAAGUCUGACGUGAAGGUCAGCGGGGCUGGGGACACAGUGAGGAGGGACACGGACCAGACCUCCCCUGGCCCCAGUGACUCCUAGGGAAGAGAUGGUCUUAGCAAAAGGUCCUGGGGAAUUGAGACCCUGCUCUGCCCAGGCCUGGGCUGGGCUCCAAGCCUCCUGGGACCUGAGACCAGCUGGGUGCUGUGGAACUGCAGCCUCAUCUCAGCAGGGAGAAGGACUCAUCCCCAGAGCAGCCAGCUUGCCUCUCCACCUGUUAAGGCCCCCCAACAGUACUGGCCCUACUGUGUGUUUCCCUGUUAGAGGCCACUGGCCAUCCCUAUCAGACUCCUGGGCUGACAACCCACCUGGAGCUGCUUUUCCACUCUAGCAAAAUGCUUCUGUGUCCUUUGUGUAGUGUUUUUUCAUUGUCAAAAUUCUUUCACAUCAUAUCUCAUUUGUUACUGUGACUUUGUGAAACACGCAAGGCAAGUCUUUUUAGAGAUGAGAAAUAAAUUAACUCAAAGGGGAUAUAUCCCACUAAGGCUUGCACCAUGGGGGCCAGUGGGGGGCAGCAGUUGGGAAAAGCCUCAUGUUAGACAUGGCUUAUCUUCCAGAAGUUCAAUUGGGGAAGGAAAACUGUUUUUGCCCUCUCAGAAGAUUUGUCCCACAUGUGCAUGAGCAAAAUCAUCAAGCCUCAGGCUUUAGCUGAGCCUCGGGCCCCCACGGUGUGUGCACACCCAGCAAGGUCUGAGAGGCUGGGUAUGGAUGAUGCUCCUCUGCUGACACCCUAACGGUGGAAUUGGACAUCGGCCCAGGUUUCUUAAUUCUACCACAGUGCUGUCCCCAAGUAAUCAUUCCUGUUUUUUUGAAGCCGCCUCUGGAUCCCUUAUCCCCCCACAGAGGAGAGACCAGGGCUGCUAUUCACUCGGCUCCCCCAUGUGUACUUUUGUUAGGCAAUAGACUAGUUAAGAAAAUUGUUUCUCUGUACUGUAUAUUUUGUACCUGUUUACACCUCUAAUUGAUAUAACUGAUAUUUUGAAAAACACAUGAAGAGGAAAUGCCCUGUUAAAAUAAAACCUAACCAGCACUGAG